GGUGAGGGAGGCCAGAUGCAGGAGAGGGGGCGGGGGCCCAGCCCAGGCCAAGAGGCUGUCCUGACAUGUUUAUAUUUACAGAAGGAGAAAAGCCAGAGACACAAGGAAACCUUUCGGGCGGUGGCAGAGGAGACGGGAGUCCAUAGAGGCUGUCCAGCCACCGGGGAUGGGACUGGAGAUGACGGUACUCCGGGACAGCUCAGCGACAGCACGGAGGACCUCAGCUUGGACCUGGAGGCCCUUCAGGGCAGCGAGUAUCUCCAAGACCUGGGCCUUGAGGCCUUUCCCCAUGGCCAGCCUGGGGGGCCCAGGGACAGCGGCCCCCCCAGCGAAGAGGCCGGAGGUGACUCGCCCUUCUCCAGCUCAGCACGGCCCCAGGGCAGGGCUCGGAGACGCAGCUGGGAGAGGUCUCGGAGCUGCUCGGAGAGCUGGCAGAGGCUCAGUUUCAAGGCGGCGGCUGAGAAUGAGGGGGCCUGUCUCCCCCGGACGCUGGCUAGCCUUGCUCUGAACUUGCCAGGAGAGGAUCUGCAGGCCUGGACCCAAGAGUGUCUGCCUGGGGGUGGGGCCCCAGCAGAGCACCCAAGCAAGGAAUGUGACAGCCCUGAGAAAAGAGUGAGGUCACAGUCGGUGCCCAUGUCCUUUGAUGAGAUCAGCUCCCUGGAAAUCUCUCCGGCUUUGGAGGUGCCCAGUGCAGUUGUUCAAGGCCUGGAGCCGCCGGUGCUGGAGUGCAUGGAGAAGGACCACGUGGAGCCAGAUCACGUGCUGAUUGUCCAGAAGGUGCUUCAGGAACUCCGACAGUACCACGGGGCCCGACAGAGGGCUCGCCUGUCAGUCAGCCCCGGGGAAGCCCCCUCAGACCUCACCUGGUUUGAGUUCCUGUCUGAGAGGGAGGACAGAGCCAGCAAGAUCGAGCGGAGUGACAGGAGCACCAGGGUGAAGCGCAGACUGAGCUCCCUCCGCUGUCGAGUCACCAGACAGAAGGAGAAGGGGAAGAGCCCGGCACAACCGAAGGACAAGGGCCAGGAUGCCAGAGAGAGGAAGGAAUGCAUCAGCGGGCACCAGCUGGCGCAAGGAACCUUCUUCGGCCACUCCAGCUGCCCCCUGUGUGGCAAACCCUUCCUGAGCUCCGCGUCCCUGAAGGAGCACCCGAGGGCCACCCUCUUGUCGGAUGGCAGCCCCGGCCUGUCCAGGAAUGUCGGCAUGACGGUCUCACAGAAGGGGGGGCCACAGCCAGCACCCAGCCCGGCGGGAACGGGGACGCCGCCAGGACCAGUCACAGGAGAGAUGGAUGAAGCCGACUCCGUAUUUUUAAAAUUUAAGCAGGCAGCUGAUGACUCUCUCUCGCUUACAUCCUCGAACGCCGAGCCCAUUUCCGUGGAAGACCCUUGCACGGCCUCGCUGAGGAGUGAGAUCGAGUCGGACGCCCGCGAUUUUGAGGCCGAGUCCUGGAGCCUCUCCGUGGACGCCGCGUUCGCCAAGAAGCAGAGGAGAGAGGUGGCCAAGAGGCAGGAUGUGCUCUAUGGUGAGAAGUCCCGCACCGUCACGCCGACCUUCCGCUUCCUUCUCUCCCGACUUUGUUUUGACGGGUUGCACCUGGGAGUCUGGGCUCCUCGGGGCCUCGGGCUCCCCCUGCUCCCCCCGGGCAGCCCUGCUUUCCCGGGCAGGGAAGAGGUGGCCAGGGAGGCCUCUUUUUCAGGCGAAAAUGGAGACAGAAUGAAAGAAAAAUAUGGUAUCUUUUGUAGUGGCCACAACGAGGCGGUCAGUCAUUACAAGUUGCUGCUGCAGCAAAACAAGAAAUUUCAAAGCUUGAUCAAGAAAAUUGGCAACUUUUCCAUCGUGAGGCGGCUCGGCGUGCAGGAGUGCAUCCUUCUGGUCACUCAGCGCAUCACCAAGUACCCGGUGCUGGUGGAGCGCAUUAUCCAGAACACAGAAGCCGGCAGCGAGGACCACAGAGACCUGAGCCAGGCCCUGAAGCUCAUCAGAGACCUCAUCUCGCAAGUGGACGCCAAGGUCAGCGAGUGCGAGAAAGGCCAGCGCCUCCGGGAGAUCGCGGCCAAGAUGGACCUGAAGUCGUCCAGCAAGCUCAAGAACGGGCUGACCUUCCGCAAGGAGGACAUGCUGCGGCGGCAGCUGCACCUGGAGGGUGCGCUGUGCUGGAAGACCACGUCGGGGCGCCUGAAAGAUGUUCUUGCUGUCCUUCUGACCGACGUGCUUUUGCUGCUACAAGAAAAGGACCAAAAAUAUGUCUUCGCCUCCGUGGACUCCAAGCGCCCAGUCAUCUCGUUACAAAAGCUCAUCGUGAGGGAAGUGGCCAACGAGGAAAAAGCCAUGUUCCUGAUCAGCGCGUCCCUGCGAGGCCCGGAGAUGUACGAGAUCUACACCAGCUCCAAAGAGGAGAGGAACACUUGGAUGGCCCACAUCAGAAGGGCCGUUGAGAGCUGUCCGGACGAGGAGGAGGGGCCCUUGAGCGAGGCCGAAGAGGAGAAGAAGGUGGUCGAGGCCCGCGCCCUGAGGCUCAGGGACUUCCAAGAGCGACUGAACAUGAAAGACCAGCAGAUUGCUCAGAGCCUGGGCGAGAAGCAGCAGAUCUACUUGGAGAUGGCGGAGAUGAGUGGGCUGGAAGACGUUGGUCACGCGCGGCUCCUCUUCCGAGGGGGGGAUCCCUCCGAGACCGCGCAGGGGGGGCUGAUCCUCAAGUCGGCCAUGAGUGAGAUCGAGGACAUCCAGAGCCUGAUCUGCAGGCGGCUGGGCAGCGCCAACGGCCAGGCGGAAGACGGGGCAGGCCCAGGCCUCCCCCGCAGGGCAGAGACCUUCGGGGGCUACGACACUGUGAGCAGCCCCGGCAAGAACAGCAGUUUUAAGAAUGUCUGCAGCAACGACCCUGGCCCCCAAGACUGGCAAGGCCCGCUGAGCAGCCCCGACUCCAAGCCCAGCGACACCCCAGGGGCCUCUGAGGAGCCACUGCCUGUGGCCCCAGCGCCAUGUCCGGAGUCUGGCCCCCAUCUGCCCGUUGUCCUGGAGUCGGAGCUCGUCCAGAGGAUCCAGACGCUGUCUCAGCUGCUGCUCAGCCUCCAGGCCGUCAUCGCCCAGCAGGACAGCUACGUGGAGGUGCAGAGGGCCGCCCUCCAGGAGCGCGAGAAGCAGCUGCGGCUGCAGUCCACGCGCGGGAACCUGCUGCUGGAGCAGGAGCGCCAGCGCAACUUCGAGAAGCAGCGGGAGGAGCUGGCGGGCGUGCAGAAGCAGCAGGGCCGCCUGCGGCUGGAGCAGCAGCGCUGGGAGCGCGAGCGGGAGCGCCAGCGGCAGGAGCUCGAGCUGGCGGCGGCGCAGCUGCAGCAGCGCGAGGAGGAGUCGCUGCAGCUGCAGGAGCGGCUGAGCCAGGAGCGCGACAAGCUGGAGCAGCAGCGGCGCGCCUACCAGCACGACCUGGAGCGGCUGCGGGAGGCGCAGCGCGCCGUGGAGCGGGAGCGGGAGCAGCUGGAGCAGCAGCGGCGCCUCAAGAAGCAGAACACGGCGCCUGGGGCACUGCCGCCCGACUCGCUGGCGCUGGCAGAGGCCCAGCCCCUGAGCCACACUCCCAGCUUCAACGGGGAAGGGCUGGAAGGGCCCACCGCCCUCGCCAAAGCGCCAGGCCCCCGGGCGAGCCUGCUGCUGGCCAGUUCGGGCCCCGAGUUCCCAGAGCGCCCCGAGGUGGUGCGCAGGGACAGCACCCCCGCCGAGAGCCGGCCGGCCAAGAGCGACGUGCCCAUCCAGCUGCUCAGCGCCACCAACCAGAUCCAGAGGCAGGCGGCCGUGCAGCAGCAGAUCCCCACCAAGCUGGCUGCGUCCACCAAGGGCGGCAAGGACAAGGGCGGCAAGAGCAGGGGCUCCCAGCGCUGGGACAGCUCGGCCUCCUUUGACCUGAAGCAGCAGUUGCUCCUCGGCAAGCUCAUGGGCAAGGACGAGAGCGCCGCUCGGAACCGCCGCUCGCUGAGCCCCGUCCUCGGCGGCCACGGUUCCGCACCACCCCCAGACCCCUGCUGCCCGGCCCCGGCCGACGGCCCCCCCGGGGGCGCACCCGUGCCCCCAUCCCCCCUGCCACUGCCCACCACGCCCCUCGGCAAGGAAGAAGCCAGCAAGGAAGACGUCAUCUUCUUCUAGAGGAGCUGCGGCUCCAGGUGCAGACCCCUCCCUGCCCCACUCUCCGGGGAGCAGCCCCAUUGUCCCUCCCCCCUUCCCGAGCAAACCAGCACCAGCGACCGCCUGGCUGGGGCCAGGGUCUGGGCCAGGGGUGAGCCUGUCGUCACCAGGCCCUUCCUAUAGGAUUAGCAGUGGUGCCCGGGGAACUUUCUAAACUUCUUUUCUUAAUACCAAGAGGAAAGUUUGUAACCGAAGGGGGAGCCAGAGCUGACCCAAGGGGCUGUGUUCGGUUGCAGCCCCCGCCUGGGCAGGGGGAGAGCGACUCCACGCCCUCGCUCCAGGCAGUGACGAACGCUGGUGGGCCCGCAAGAGGUCUGGCGACAGGCCGGGCCCCAGUCUGAGGAGGAGUGCUGGCCCUGGGCCAGGCUCCGCAGCCCCCAGGAGACACCGGAGCGUGGCACCGGGGCACCGGGAGGGGCUGGGUGGGGUCAGCAGAAUCAGCUUCCGAAGCAGAGACCCACGUGAGGUGCGUUCACAGCGAACCUCAAGGCGAGGAUGUGAGCUCAGGCCACAGGUGGCACAGGGCCCACUUGGGAACUGAGGGCCACAGGGCAGGGCGCGUGAAGCAGAUGGCCGGUGGCACCAUAGACAGAUUCCAUAGGUUCUGGAAGGGGGAGGCCAUGACUCAUUUUACUUUGACAGAGGUUUUUAAGAUCUGCUGCUGCCCCAUGUUGUGCUUUCCAGAGGAACCUCCCCCACUUGGCAUGAUUCCAUGAGGUUCAUGGGCACCAGCUGUUCUCUGAGCACUCAGUCUGUCCAGAGAAGGCACAUCAAGAGCUUUAGGCAGGGCUGGCACAAUCCUGAGGGUGCCACCCCUCAGCAGAGAGUCCCCAGCCCCCAUGGGAGGGGCUGGCAUUCCUGGGGCCGCAGGGAGGACAACCCCAGGGCAGGUGUCCCUCGCUGAGGGGCUGGUGCUGGUAUAGGGAAUGGAGUGGUGAGGCCACUGCGUCCUGGCGGACAGGGGGAGAUGCUAGAGGGGUCCCGUGUGGCUGGGAGACCUCAGGUGGACAGAUGUGGGUGCCUCAUGUCCACUGAGCCUUGCCAGCUUACUGUCAGCUUCACCUGGAGGGCAGCACCCCCCCCCCCCCCGCCCAGUCCAGCCGCAGAGCUGUGGACAUCCGGGAGUGUUGGGUGUCCGGGAACAGCCGGGUGGGAAAUGGGUCUGAGCCACACUUCAGCUCUGGAGGAACGCUGGGUGUGGGUCUGGGGAUCCUCCAGCCUUUGUACCCCAGGCUCCCCCACCGGGCCGAGGGCCCAGUCCCUUCCAAGGCAUUAGCGGGAGGCCUGGGUCCCUAGCUGGCCAGGGGCAUGCAGGGUGGAGGUGACACAGGCAUCGUGACGGGGGGGACCGAACGCAGCCGUUGUGAACCUCUCCCAAGCACAGGAAAGCGUGUGACGUUCCCUGGGCUCUCUGAGAACCCGCCCCUAGUUGCGUCCUGGGCCCCGUGACACAGCGGAGCUCACCAGUGUUCGUGUUGUCGUACCGAGAUGUGUCGGAGCACUUUAGAGAAGUUGACUUUAGGUUCCUGUCCCACCGUGAAGAGAACUUUCCUGGGCCCUGGUGCUGGGCGAUUUUCCCGCCAGGCACCACUCUCGCAUGUGCUCUGGCCCGACCCUCCGAGGCGCCACGACCCCUCAGACAGGAGCCCCCGGAGUUUCAGCCCAGCCGGCUGGCAGGAGCCGGGGCCCAGCCACGGGGCCGAGGGCGGCAGUGGGACAUCUCUGGCCAGCGAGAAGUCAGCCCGGGCGGAGCCCGAUUUUACUUGUGUGGCUGGUGGCUGAGCAGACGCUCCCUCUGUGAGGUCUGUGCACGUCUCUGUUCACCGUGACCGUAAUCUCAGUCCGCCGGACAAUUACUUUUACAAUGAUUGCAGCGUUUCGUCACCACAGGAUCUUUCAGAACCGUCUUAGAACUUAAGACCCAAUUCCAGCAAUAAACGCGUCGAAGAAGA